AUGUGCUUCUACAGCAACUAUUAUGGUGGUCUGGGUUAUGGCUGUGGCUGCCUGGGCUGUGGCUGUGGCUGUGGCUAUGGUGGGUAUGGAUACAGCUGCUGCCACCCAUCUUGCUGUGGAAGAUUCUGGCCCUAUGGACUCUACCACCGCUAUCAUCGACACCUUGAUCAUGCUAAAACCUUACCUUCAUAA